AUGGAGUUCAAGGCUUCGCUGAGAGACAGACUUCGGCGGACGAGAUCCUCGCUCAUUUCGUUCUCACAGCCCAUCACACUCUUCUCCGUCAAGCCAAACACAAACUCUAACGCUAAACGACCAUCAAGCGAUAUAACAGAACCACCCUGCAUCCCACGCGACGUGGAGAGGGAACUCCGAUAUGCCUGCCACCGACUGCAGCGGAGAAUCGAACGAGGCAUUCCUUCGUAUGACAACUACGGAGUGCCAGAAAUAUCGGGCGAGAGGAGACAAACCAUGACGGUACCGCAAAUAAAUACAGCACCUCGAGCACAAUCGCUACCAGCGACUCUCAGAUCACCAAGAAACAGAUAUUACUCCGGGUUAGAGUUCGAAGUCCAGCAGAGCGAGCAAAAGAAGGACGAUAUUUCAGAGCUCUAUGAUAGAACAGCCCAUAUUGCCCGUGCAGAAAGCACCUACACUGCACGAUCUGACUUCAACACAUCCCGGAUCCCAUCAUCCGCUACACACGACGCAGCACACGCUGAUGGCGAGCAGCCACAUUCCUCUGGAGAAACGCUGGUAGGAGCGAACGAUAGCAGGCUCUCACACGAUCAACGGUACAGCAUGGACAUCGCGAACGGACCAUAUCCCCAAGUCCCGCUAGACCUUAUCAGAGACCUCGACUCCAUGCCUCAUAUAGUCCCUAGCCUAUCCCGACCUCCUGGCCCAGCUACGAUGCCGGCGCGAUUAGUCCGCAAGAAGCGCGUCGAGAAUCUACAGGAGGAGAGCGAAAGCCAAAGCCAGACCAACACGGAUACAGAAACCGAAACUGAAACCGUGACCUCAGAUAAAGCAACAGGCCCUCGCCCGAAGUACAGAUACAGCUGGCUUCCUCAAACCGCUACAGCCACUGCCAGACCUGUCAGCGCAAUGGAGCUGGGACUGGGUGUAUCACCUCCCGUUAUCAUCGACAGUAAGGGUCAACGGCAAGUCAUGAGCCCUGAGGCAGAACAACAACGCCAGAAGGAUUUGCAGCAGGCAGUGAGGGAGAAGAUGAAUACAGGGACCAUCAGACCCAGACCGGUAUCCGACAUACAUACUCAACCUUGCGCGAAUUGUUCAAACACAACAAAAUCUGCCGGUAUCACUAAUGUAAAUGAGACCGGUGAGCAACUCUCGCGACGAAGGUCGAUUCUUCAGAAGUUCUCGUUCUUUAGCUUUGUGAAGCUGAAGAAUGGUAUGCCGCGGACGAGGGAGGCGGUUGGGUUUAGUCGGAUUGUAGAUGUUGUCUAG